GUGGCUCUGAGUGCAGUGAUGGUUCAGCAGGUCGGCUGAGUUUGGGAGCUGAAUGAACAGCAGCACAAAGAGAUGGCAUCAGCAGAUUCCAGCCCUCUGACCACGCAUGUCCUGAACACGGGAGACGGCGUCCCAGCAGCCCGGAUGGCCCUCAGCCUGCACCGCCUCGACUCCAACCUGAAGAUCUGGAACAUGCUGAGUGUCGGGACUACAAAUGAAGAUGGCCGCUGUCCGGGACUGAUCAGCCGAGCAGCCUUCAGCCCUGGGAUGUACAAGCUGCGUUUUGAGACAGGUUCAUACUGGGACAGCCGGGGUCAGGCCUCGUUUUACCCCUACGUAGAGGUUGUGUUUACCAUCAGUGACCCGGAGCAGAGGUUCCACCUCCCUCUGCUGAUGAGUCGAUUCUCCUACAGCACCUACAGAGGAAGCUGAGAGCUGCGAGGACAACCAACCGCUCAUAGGAGAGAGAAGAAGAUAUCUUAGACCUGUUAUGAGCUCUGUGGCCAUGUGGCAGAUUUGUGUUACACUUCCUGACUUGAUUUAAAUCAUAAUUUAUGGCUUUUAUUAAACUAUAGUUUAUUUUA